AUGGCCGCAGCGAAGAAGGCCAAAGUCUCACAUGACGCUACCCUGGCACCCCUUUCCAAGCAACAAAAGGUUUUGAAGCCUCAGUUAGACACAGAGACCGGAUGGGAGGAGCUAGAGACGGGCCCAAGCCCAGAUGAAUUGGUGGCAGGCGAGGAGGAGACUGCAAAGGUAAAGCUGAGCAAGCACCAGAAGCUGCAGCGGCGUAAAGCAGAGGAGACGGCGAUUCGUGAGGCAGAGCUGAGGCGAUUGCAGGGAGAUGCAGCGCCCACCAGUGCGGCCGAGUACGAGGCGCUCCUCCUUUCCUCAGCAGACAGCUCCUUUGUGUGGAUCAAGUACAUGGCCUUCCUCAUCUCCCUGGGUGACAUCGAGCAGGCUCGAGCCGUCGCCCAGCGGGCCUUCAGCGCUAUAAACUACAGGGAGGACGCCGAGAAGUUCAAUGUGUGGGUGGCGCUGCUGAACCUGGAAAACACGUACGGCGAUGAGACCACCACGCUGAGCACGCUGGGGCGCGCGCUGCAGCACACAGACGCCCGCCGGAUGUACCUGGCGGCCACAGACAUCUUUCAGCGCAGCGAGAGGACCAGUCUGCUGGAGCAGUGCUGCAAGGCCAUGUCCCGGAAGUUCAGUGCCUCCACAGAGAUCUGGCUCAGGAUUGUCAGGCUGAGGCUGGACCAAGGAGACGAGGAGGCUGCAAGUGCCACUCUGGCGCGAUCGCUGCAGUCCCUGCCCAAGUCGGAGCAUGUGCACAUGAUCUCCCACACCGCCCUCCUCGAGUUCAAGCAUGGGGACGCAGAGAGGGGAAGGAGCAUCUUUGAGGGCAUCCUCCGGAACUACCCCAAGCGAUUAGACCUGUGGAGCGUGGCGCUGUUUGAGAGGGCCACCCACCUCCACCUCCCAGCCAAGAAGAUGAAGUUCCUUUUCAAGCGGUGGCUGGACUUUGAGAAGGCGCAGGGCAAUGCGGAGGGGGUGGAGCAUGUGAAGAAGAGUGCCAUGGCCUUUGUGGAGUCUGUUGGACAAUCAUGA